AUGGCCGCCACCGUUAAGGCUAUAGGGGAGAGGGAUCUUUGUCUCUCUUUGCCUUUGCGCAGUGGCGGUGGCUGUGCAGAGCCCGUGGGGGUUCCGCUCUUUGAGAACGCGGAGAUUGUGGAGCAGCCGGCCAGGCUGGAGACACUCGCACGGAGAUACGCGGAGCGCGCCGAGUGGUUCAUCCGCCAGCACAGUGGCCCCGGCUCCCCCCCGUUCCUGCUGCUGCUGGCCCCUGCCCACGUGCACGUGCCGCUGCCGUGGGCCCCGGGGCCACGGGGCCCCUGGGCCCGGGCGCUGAAGGAGUUGGACGGGACGGUGGGCCGAGUGGUGCGGGCGCUGAGCAGCGCCGGCCUGAGCAACAACACACUCGUGUGGUUCUCCAGUGACAAUGGGCCGUGGGACGAGAAGUGCCAUCUGGCUGGGAGCGCGCGGCCGUACACGGGCAAGUGGCAGUGUCUCAGAGGCGGGGCGGCAGGCAAGCGCACCACGUGGGAGGGCGGGCACCGCGUGCCGGGCCUGGCGCUGUGGCCGGGCCACGUGCCGCCCGGCUCCUCCAGCUCGGCGCUGCUCAGUGCGCUGGACGUGCUCCCCACGCUGCUGCCCCUGGCGCGGGUGCCCCUGCCUCCCGGGCGCCGCUACGACGGCGCCGACAUGCGGCACGUCCUGCUGGGACAGCGGGACACGGGACACACGGUGCUGUUCCACCCAAACAGUGGAGCUGGGGGCGAGUUUGGGGACCUGGACACGGUGAGGGUGGGGCCUCACAAGGUGUUCUUCCUGACGGGCGGCGCCCGGCCGUGCGGGGGGCCGCCACCGGAGCCCCCCGUCCGGCACGACCCCCCGCUGCUCUUCAACGUGGAGACCGACCCCGGCGAGGGGUCCCCUGUGGGGGCCGCGGUGCCGGGGUUCUGGGGCCCCGUGCUGCGGGCCCAGGCGGCGCUUGCGGCCCGGCUGGAGGACAUCGGCUCGGACCGCGUGUCCCGCGCGGACUACGGACACGAGGACGACGCGCGGCCCUGCUGCCGGGCAGACCUCCCGGCCUGCCGCUGCGACCCCAGCCCCAUCGUCACCGUCCGCCAGGUCGUGCCUCCAGUUUGAAUUUGUUUUCGAAACAAAGCCGGGUGAGGAACAGCUCAAGAGAGAGAGACACACCAGGAUGAGGAGUCUCAUUCGCAAGAGUUGAGGACCGACCCAGUCGUGGCCACCGCGGCGGUGAGAUGUUAACUCCCUCGCCUGGUACACAGGAGGUCGUGUGUUCAAUCUGGACCCCGACGCCUGCUGCUGCUGUAUAUUUGGAGUCUGCGCGUCUCUCUCCGUGGUGAGAUGUUAACUCCCUCGCCUGGUACACAGGAGGGCUUGUGUUCAAUCUGGACCCAGUCACCUGCUGCUGUAUAUUUGGAGUUUGUGUGUCUCUCUCUCCGUGGUGAGAUGUUAACUCCCUCGCCUGGUACACAAGAGGGCUUGUGUUCAAUCUGGACCCAGUCACCUGCUGCUGUAUAUUUGAAGUCUGCGCGUCUCUCCUCUCCCCGUGGUCGCGUGGAUUUUUCUCCGGGCCCACCGGUUGGUCCCUCCACAUUUCGAAUCGACAUCGCCACGCGUUUAAUAGGACGUCUUGUAAAUUUCCACGAGCCACUUCGUUGAGCUAUCAUUUGCGGUGGCCAGGUUGCUUCUGAAAAACCAGAUAAAUAGCUCAGUGGACGCGUCUGUGAAGCGAUGGAAACUCGAGGCGUUUGGAUGCGUUCACAGCCGAGUUGACUGAGGCGAUGCCCGGGCCCCGUUGAGAUAUUCGUCACACGGUGUUGGCGGCUGUUGGCGGCUGUUGGCGGCUGUGAGCGGCAAUCGUCAAGCUCUGGUCGCCGGAGGUUUGUAGCGCGGCGCGCUAACCGCUGGCUACACCGUACGUCCGUCUCGCACGGCGGUGUUGGAGGGGCGGUGGGCAUGUGUGUGCGGGGCUAUCCGUGUAGCGUGUCUGCUUGUAA